AUGGGUAACAACCCAGCUACCGGCCACCCAGGAGUCAAUCCAACCAACUACAGCUUAUCGACUCCUCACCCUGCCCAAUCCCAGUCCGGCGAGAUGAUGACUCCGGCACACUCUUGGAUUGGCCCCCCACCCUUGGCAUAUCCAAUCUCUCCGGUGCCUGGAGUCAACAAUCACCAGCCAUGGGCUCCGAGCCCAACCGGCUCCAACGCCAGGCCUAGCGUGUCUUCCCAAACAAGCUCCCUCGAAACUUGGGUCCGAGAAACAUCCUGUCCGGUCCUACUCGCCGAAGACCUCCAAUCAUAUGGCAGCCGAGCCUCUCGACGCUUGCGCGUGGCGGACACGCCGUUCCCUCAGGUCCAGGCUGAACUGAAUCGUCAAGAUGAAGCCUUCCGCGCGGCGCAUUUGCCGCCCAACAUCGCCCAAGGCGAUGCAUUAGAAAGACUCCUCUGCGACACAGCUUUAUAA